GCGGGGGCUGGACGGAGUCAAAGAAAAGGCUGCCAUGGAAACACCAGCGCUUGAGGCUUGAAGAGGGAGGUGAGCUGAAAGAGGUAUGGUUUUUCUUAUGGAAGAAUAUUCUGUUAUUUCAUGAUGGCAUUUGCACCUCCAAAAAGCACAGAUGCCCCCAAAAUGCAGACAAAGAUGAGUACCUGGACACCUCUAAACCAUCAGCUUUUGAAUGACCGGAUAUUUGAAGAAAGAAGAGCUCUGCUUGGAAAAUGGUUUGACAAAUGGACAGACUCUCAACGGAGAAGAAUCUUGACAGGCCUGUUAGAACGUUGCUCCCUGUCACAGCAAAAGUUCUGCUGUCGAAAACUUCAAGAAAAAAUUCCAGCUGAAGCUCUGGAUUUUACUACCAAGCUUCCAAGGGUGUUAUCUCUAUACAUCUUUUCUUUCCUGGACCCACGAAGCCUUUGUCGUUGUGCACAGGUGAGCUGGCACUGGAAGAACUUAACUGAGCUGGAUCAGCUCUGGAUGCUCAAAUGUUUACGAUUUAACUGGUACAUCAAUUUCUCUCCAACUCCCUUUGAGCAGGGUAUAUGGAAGAAGCACUACAUUCAGAUGGUAAAAGAACUUCAUGUUACCAGGCCAAAGACACCUCCAAAAGAUGUUGCCGUUGCCGACGUUCAGUCAGUUACAAGCAGUCCUGCAGAGGAAAAGCAGUCCCCUGCGUCAGCUUUCAGGUCGUCUUCCUCUUUGAGAAAGAAAACCCACCCAAGGGAGAAAGAGCUCCCACCCUGGAGAUCAUCUGACAAGCAUCCAACUGAUAUCAUUCGCUUCAAUUACCUGGACAACUGUGACCCCAGUGAGCAAAUCUGGCAAGGGAGGAGGAAAAGACAUGAAAUGAAUCCAGAUUUCAGCCGACAAUCACAUGAUAAGAAAAAUAAAUUGCAGGACAGAUCUAAGCUAAGAAAAGCACAGUCACUGAUAUCCCUAAGUGCAGAACCCAGCACCACUCUCCGAGUUCCUGCUCAUCUUGCCUGGUCUCCUCACCGGUGGGCAGGGCUCCAGGCCAACGAAGCGGACACAAAGGUCCUCAUGCAACCUCUUCAGAGGCACCCUGGGCUUCAGGCAUUACCCAGCCGGGCUCCAGAGCUGAAGUCAAUUUAAAAACGUGAAAGGAUUGUGGUAGACAUGACAAGGUGCUCUACACAUUGGAGAGAUGUUACUUGGGUCCUCUAGUAGAAACUUUCAGCUUAGGUACCUGCUUGGGAAAGGGAGUCCUACAGUAUUUCAGUAAAAGGUGUUCAUGGCAGAAGUGCUGACAUGGUUACAAACUUAGAUACAAAUGUGAGGAUAGGUACCAUGGGGUUGAUAAAGGGACCAGGAUAGCAACAGUGGUAAUAUUGGGUGUACGGGGCCGGGUCCCAGAAAAGUGCAGACAGCCGACUCCCAAGGCUAGUUGAGCUGUUUAAUGGGGGGGCUGUUUACCAUGGUGUCUCAUUGGCUGGAGCUGCCAUCACCCAGUACCCCUGCCUUCAUCUGGUCCAGCUGCUAUAACGAAAAUACCGUAGAUGGGUGGAUUACAAACAACAGACAUUUAUUUUCUCACAGCUCUGGAGGCCAGGAACUUUAAGAUCAAGAUGUUGGCAGGGUUGGUUACUUCUGAGGCCUCUCUCCUUGGCUUGUGGGUGGCCACCCUCUCCUUCUGUCUUCAUAUGGUCUUUGUUCUGGGUGGUCUGUGUCCUCAUCUCCUCUUACUACAAGGAUACAUGUCAGAUCAGAUUAGGGCCUGCCCAUAUGACCUCAUUUAACCUUAAUUACCUCUUUGAAGACCCUAGCUCCAAAGACAGUCUGGUUCCGAGGUCCUGGGGGUUAAGACUUCAAUAUAGGAAUUUGGGUGGGAGGUUGGGGGGAGUGGGACACAAUUCAGCCUACAAACAACACUGAGAAUCAAGUUAAGAGAAUCAAGAUGAGAUGGUGAACCACCUAGGAACUGGUGACAGUGGAAGCCUUUGUCAGCCUGUGGCCUGAAGAGGCAGAGAGGAAAGGGCCUGUUGUUCCCAGAACCCAGUGAGAGCUGUAGCCACAGGUGAGGGGCCGCCCAACAGGCUGUAUGCUCUGUGGUGGAGGAACACAGUCACUGUGGAUAAUGAGGCCUAGCAGGGAAGGAAGAGGGCGAAGACCCAAGCCCUCUCUCUCCCCACCCCUCUAUACUCCUAAUAGCACUUGGCUUUGGUCAAACCCAUCCAGAAGUCCAAGAACAAAGGAGCCUGGGAAGAAGUGUGGCCAGGAGUGGGUGGGAGGUGUAUUACAUGAGUGAGACUGUGAGGAAUAAGCAGCACAAUGGGGGCAAUGUAAAAAUUUCCAAAGAAGGAAUUAGAAUUAAUGUUCAAGCAAUGUAAAUGGGCCUCAAAGAGUCAUUGGAAAGCAGAAAAUGUUACUUGGCUGCAAAAAUAUUAGUCAGAUCUUCUAAACUAAACCACCUAUUCAUGUAACCAUUUCAAGGUUCAGAAGUUACCAUUCUAGGAUACUUAUUUACCUAAGUAAAGCAGAAUGAUAGAACACCAAAUGUUUGUCUAUCACAUAAUGUUGAACAUUCAUGUUC